CAGUUUUAUUUCCUACUCCAACCGUUACUUCCGCAUGUUGCGAAUACGGUGAUGGGCAAAAUCUUAUGGUGUGCUGUUGCCUUAAUACUUAUCCAUGGAAGUUACUCGUAUAUCCUGUUAACUGCGAACAUGGAAGACGUCCAAAGUGUUCUCAAGCAGUUGACCAACUCAAAUGUGAUCAAACACUUCCAACAGAUCUGGAACCGAGCGGCCAAUAAAUUCAAACAGGAACUUAACAAGCCCAUUCGACGUCAGACUUUUAAUGAAACCAAGGCAUUGGAAAACCCUUUGAAAGAUGAAAUCGACGUGUCAGUUCUACGCAGACACCGCAGUGGCCAGGUGACGGGCGGUAGGAAGGCCUUGCAUGGUUCUUCUACCCGGAUUAUGCACAGAAUGAUACAUUAAUAAAAUAUUAGUUA